AUGUCACCAAGCACCUUUUUCGAUCUCAUAAACGCACUAUCCUCACUGAAUGUCGAUAAGUUCCAGCCAUUUGAGUUGAUAGAAACCCAAUACAAGAACUUUGGACAAGGCAAUGGGGCAGUCUCAACCGACGUUCUCAUUCCGAAAGCUCUCCUUGAAAAGGACGAAGUGACGCAAUGCCCGAUCAUGGUGCGCAUUCACGGUGGAUUUUUAGUAACUGGAUCGAGCCGCUAUGCUCCCUGGUUCUCAAACUGGAUCUUGAACUAUUCUCUACGAUCUCAGGCUAUAAUUGUCUCCCCAAACUACCGGCUUCUACCUGAGGCAAAUGGAGAGGAGAUUUUAAAAGAUAUGGAAGACUUCUGGGACUGGCUACACGCAGGUGGUCUGGUGCAGUCGAUGGAAAAGGUCGGCCUCUCUCGCCUUAUCCCCGAUUUGGAAAGAAUUUUGAUGCUCGGAGAAAGUGCUGGUGGUUACUUGGCGGUUCAGUUAGCUCUAAGUCACCCGAUGGAAAUCCAAGGAGUCAUCGCUGCCUAUCCGAUGCUGGAUCUGAAAGCACCAUUCUACACGGAAUCUUACGCGAAGCCAAUCGUUGGCGUGUCCAAUCUCCCGAACACCGAGGACCCGCCUGCACGGCUGGAAUUGGCAUUCUCGAUUGUCCAAAACGCACGCUUCUUAGAAUUCUUCGGGUCAGAAAACCCCGACCUGUUCCCAAUGGAGCGGGUUGAGCAGCUGAGUGUUUCAAGUAACUUGCAGCUGCCGCCAUUUUUCAUCUUUCACGGUGAACAAGAUUCGGCAGUUCCCGCUGAUGGAUCACGAAAAUUUGUCUCUUUACUGCGACAAAAAUUCCCGACUGUGGACGUUCGGCUUUAUAUACAGGAUGGCGACCAUGGAUUUGAUGCGGAUGCUACACUGGAGGCGCCUUGGUUGAGGGAUGGAUUGAAGAUGGCUUCGAGUGCUUGGGCUAAACCUACGUCGAGCCGGUCACAUUAG